AUGGAUCAGUUUUAGUACCAAACUAAAUAGGCCGUUAGCUGAAUUCAUACGGGGUUACAGUGUAAACGCUUGACAUCAUUAGUAAUUUGUGGCUUUGACUGUUGUUAUUGACUGUUAUUAUGUUAUUGAUGACAAUGAUAAAUAUGAUGGCAUUAAAUUUGAAUUCAGUGUGCAUACAUUUUUAUUUAAUAACCAGAGAAAGAGAGAUAGUAGAUUUGAUGUAAAGUAUGAUUUGGAUGCAUUCUGAAUACUAUCUCUGGGUAUUCACGACAUGCAGCACUCAUAAGUACAAUGUUUGAGCCAUUGAUAAAUAUCUUUUUCCACCUGCAUCAUUAAGGUGUGAAGACACCUAUAGGUUAUUUUAACUGUAAGCUGGAAAAUCUUAGACUCUCAAACAUUUCUUUUCUUUAGACAUGUUGUCAACAUAUUGUUUUUCUCUAUUGUAUCAUCAGCUCCUUAUCUUUGCAGCCAAAGAAUCAAAGUGAGAGUGAUUCACCUGCAAACAGGUCCUUGUGUAAAAACAUGCUUUGUAAUCUUUCUCUCAGCACGUUAUGAUCACCACAGCCCUUGUAAGUGAGAGUUCAUGUUUUUUGCGUGACUGCCUUCUGUUCCCAUGUGUAUAGGGAAGAGCUGAGACUAAUUGAGUUUGCACAAUAUGUAAGGUGAUCCUGCUACUGCCAAUCCAUAAUGACUUGCAGAAUUGUUUUGCAAGUAGCUCCUCUUAUGAGUAUCAAUCAUUUAUUUUAACGUUAAUAAUUAUUUCAAUUUUUAUUCUUUUUGUAAAUUCUUGAAAAGUAGUUUUUCCCAAUCUUUUAUUAUAACAAUCAAGCUACAUGUAGAAGAAAAAAACAUAGAACAGGAAAUGAUAUGAGUGAUCACUCCUGCAGACUCUCGUGACUAUGUGUCAAGGUCAAAAAGUUUAAUAUUAUUAUUUUAGUUCAGUUUCAUGCUACACAGCUCCCUGAAAUCAUGAUAUUUAUUGAAAAACUUUGUUUCCUUUUGAGAAAUUUGUAAACUGAAUUGAUAGUUUAUGCUACCUGAUUCAUUAAAUACUGGCAUAUCGAACCUUUAAAGUGUUACUGAUAUAUAAUCUAGUUUGGUCUUCUUUUGUAUGAACAAAGCAUUCUAUAGAUAACCUCUUAUGUUUGUAUGCUCUUGAAAUGAUUAACCCAGAGCUACAUUUAACACACUUCUUAAACUUUAAACUGCAUUACGGUGAUAUCAUGACAGAACAUAAAAAGUUCAUUCGUUGUGUUGUACACACAUGCUGCCAGUGACCUAUGAACACCCAUUUCCCUUUUGUCUAGUUCUGAGGCCCCACCUCUUCUGAAAUCUUUCGCAGCCCUCUUAAAUGUAUCGUAUUUCUGCUGUAUGAGUGUUAGAAGAAUGGUGAGAGCACUGACUGUUUCCGCUCUGGGGCUUCUAGCUUUGCUAUGCUUGUUCCCCUCGGAGCCUGUGCAGGCUGGGAAAGUGCUUGUCUUGCCAGUGGAUGGCAGCCACUGGUUGAGCAUGAAGAUCCUGGUGGAAGAGCUUUCUCGGAGGGGUCAUGAGAUCGUGGUCCUGGUUCCUGAAAUCAGUGUUCUGAUUGGGAGGUCUGGUACUUACACCACUAAAACUUUUCGUGUGCCCUACACCCAUGCUGAUCUGCAGGCCAACUUGGACAAAAUACAGAAGAAUGCAUUUGAGAAGCCUCCGAAACUGACUGAUAUUUUUGAGAAUUUGGGGAACCUGAUUCAGUUCUUGAAUAUGCAUGUGACAGCCUGUGAAUGGCUGCUGUAUGACGAGCCCGUGAUGAAGAGUCUUAGAGAAACAGGAUUUGAUAUUUUGCUCACUGACCCUUUCCUGCCCUGUGGCGCCAUCAUUGCUGAUUCCUUCUCGAUUCCAGCCGUUUACUUCCUGCGUAUGAUUCCCUGUCUGCUUGAUGUGGAAGCCACACAGUGUCCCUCACCUCCGUCUUUUGUGCCACGCUUCUUCACUGGUUACACAGAUAAGAUGACUUUCCCUCAAAGAAUAGAAAACACACUUAUGGCAGUUUUUGAUGCUUUCCUAUGCCGCAAACUGUUUGCUAGCACUGAUGAACUGGCCAGCAGAUAUCUGCAGAAGGACACUACAUACAAAGAGCUUUUAAGUCAUGGUGCAGUCUGGCUUCUAAGGUACGACUUUACCUUUGAGUAUCCAAAACCUCAAAUGCCAAAUAUGGUCCAAAUAGGGGGCAUCAACUGUGCUAAGAAGGCCCCACUGACAAAGGAGCUGGAGGAGUUUGUUGACGGUUCUGGAGAGCAUGGGUUUGUGGUCUUCACUCUGGGCUCCAUGGUGUCCCAGUUACCCGAGGCCAAAGCCAGAGAGUUCUUUGAGGCAUUCAGGCAGAUACCUCAGAGGGUGCUAUGGAGGUACACUGGACCAGUCCCUGAAAAUGCUCCAAAGAAUGUCAAACUUAUGAAGUGGCUGCCACAAAAUGAUCUCUUGGGCCAUCCUAAGGUUAAGGCUUUCAUUACACAUGGUGGAUCACAUGGAAUCUAUGAAGGAAUCUAUAACGGGGUGCCAAUGGUGAUGCUUCCUCUGUUUGGUGACCAAGGGGAUAACGUUCAACGCUUAGUGUCUCGAGGAGUUGCAGAAACCCUGAGUAUCUAUGAUCUGACCGCAGAAAAACUGCUGGUUGCAUUGAGAAAGGUCAUCAGUGAUAAAAGCUACAAGGAGAAGAUGACCGAGCUUUCAGCUAUUCAUAGAGACCGUCCCAUUGAGCCUUUGGACCUGGCUGUGUUCUGGACUGAGUUUGUAAUGAGACACAAAGGGGCAGCACAUCUUAGACCUGCAGCCCAUGAGCUGAACUGGAUUCAGUAUCAUUCUCUGGACGUCAUUGGCUUUCUCCUUCUCAUUCUAGUGACAGUUAUUUUUGUGACUGUCAAAAGCUGCAUGUUCUGUUUCAGGAAGUGUUUCAAGAAAACUCAGAAAAAGAAGAAGGAGUAGAUUUUUUUAAGUCAUCAUUUUGUAAUGUCUGUUUUUGUGGGGUGAUUGUUUAGAGACUUGUUUAAUCUGUGAUUUUAUAAACUGAAUACCUCUAUUCCCUGGGUCAGUGACUUGAAUAAAGCCUCACAAAACCUGAACGUGUCAGGUAAACAUUUA